CUAAAAGGGUCAAAAACUACACCAAAAAAGAAUGAAAAAGACAUUUUCUAAAUUUUUGUGUAAAUAAAAAUGUAGCAAAUAAAUAAAAAUGGAGUGCGUAUGAUUAAGUUUGAAAAAGAUUCCCAUAAAAAGAAAAAAAUCGAAACGGUAUAGACAAAAACAGAAAAAAAAGUCGUCAUACUUUAUUUAUUCUCUAUUCAAUUGUUUCUCAUUUAUGCCCUCAAAAAACUUCCCACACACAAAUCUCACUAAUAACUCAUUCUAAAAAAUGAAAUCAAAGUUCAAAGAAUCCUUCGAUAUUUGAAACCGCUUUUCCCUGUUCACCUGACUGUGUUACAGAAGCUUUUGCACCAUCUCUUCACUUUCUCUCUCCUCUACACUUUCUCCCAUACUCUAACACCCCUAAAUUACCCACUUCCAAAUUCUUAUUCAAAUCACAAAAUUUAAUCUUUUCUACCCAAUUAUUCUGUAUUAAUGGAGCAAAGAUCUUCAUUCUUCUUUUCUUCUUCACAAAAUUUCCCCUCCUAUAAUCAUAAUCAUAAUCAUAAUCAUAAUCAUAAUCAUAAUCAUAAUAUCUCUUACUUCACUCAUCAAGCCAUUCGAGCGGGGUUUCCUAGUCCAGACCCAAGACGCCGUGAAUUCCAUCGAAACCCUAAUGAUAUUCGAGAAUGUAUUCAGCGUGAAUUGGAGAAAGAGAGAAUUAGAGCUGAAAUUAUUGCUGAGGAGGUAUACAGGAGGAGAAUAUUGGAGGAUGAAGUGAGGAGAGAGAUGAUAUAUGAGAGAGAAAUGGCGUUGAGAAGAGGUAAGAGAGAGUUGGAAUUCGGACCGCCAAGGCGGGUUCCAUUGUUGAUGAGUGUGGAACAUCGAAUCGGAGAUUCGCCUCGACGAGAACUCGGGUUUUCAGGGUCCCAAACGCUGCCGUUUCAGAGGGAUCCUGUUGUUGCUGAUAAUGGUAAUGUGUUUUCUCAGGGUGUGACAUUGAAGGAGAUUAAGGAAUUAAAGGGUCCUUCACCUGAGCUCAGUAAGGAUAAAGUUAUACUCUUGGCCAAGCCCAAUGUCACUGAUUUGAAGCGUAAAGCAACGACACCACCAGUUGGAGCUUCUGCUGAGCCAUCUGCUGGGUUGAAGAAGGCAAAAGCCCAAGAGGACUGGAGCUGUACUUUAUGUCGUAUUACUGCGACAAGCGAACGAGCGUUGAAUGAUCACCUUCAGGGGAAAAAACACAAGGCUCGAGAAAGUGGAUUAAAUUCUCAGAGAACAGGCUUUGGUACCUGCCCAUUACCAAAGACAGGUAGCACCUCCACAGGGAAGCCCAUCAAAGUACCCAGUGCAACUAAUGAAUCUAGCGUUAAGAAGGACAAGAGAGUUCACAAUGCACCAAAACAACUACCAGGAACUGACAAUAAGCCUGAAAAAGAGACUUGUGUAAAGAAAAAGGAAAAUUCACUGUCAGCUAUGCCUCAAAAAUCACAAGUGAGUGCCAAAGCAAAAAAUAAGCUUAGAUUUUUUUGUGAAGUUUGUCAGGUCAGUACUCAUGCACUGAAAGUUCUUAAUGCCCAUAAGAGGGGCAAGCGACAUUUGGAAAAAGUUGCACUGCUCAAUAAAAUCAAUGAAGGUGCCUCAGGUGAAAGUUCGGCACAGAAAGGCGUGGUUGAGGAAAGGAAGGACAAUAAGGAAACAGAUAUUGCUAUCUAUGUUGAGAAAGCUGUGGUCGAAGAAAAGAUGGAACUGGAUUUCAAUGCUGCUGUUGAAGAAAUGAAGAAUGAAACGACAGAUGUAGAACAAGUAAGAAGCAAGAAAGAAACCAUAGAUUGUGAUGUGACUGGAGUCGAAGAAGAUGAGGUUAAGGUGCUUGAAACUGUUGGUGAUGUUUCGACUGUGGCAAAAUCCGAUGUUUGCCAGCAAUUAGUCUGAUUACUUAGUAAUCGUCGUGUAUUAUAAUUGAUGGUGAAGAAGUAGGAGAUGUAUGGUAAAGAAUUGCUAAGAUAAUUGCUCUACAAGCUUUGCUGUAGUGAGCAUGGUGAUUGUUUUUAUUUGUCUAGUAUCAUGUUGGAGAAGAGACUUCCUAAACAGAGGUCACUUUUAGAUUGUCUAGGUGCUCAUUAUGGGAAUAUGAUGGAAGCUCCAUUGCCCUGUGAAUAAAAAACUGUUUUGUCUA